CCUGGGCACAAGAUCUGUGGAACAUGUAAACAAACAGCGCGGAUGAAGCUGUACUAAAAGUGUGAUAUUUCUUGGAAUUCUUGGGCUCCACGAGACGAGGGCACACCACUAUGGCAGACGUAAGGGAUAUCUUAGAGCUUGAGCGCUCGCCCACGCCAGAAGUGAGCAAAGAACUCAUCUUGGGUCUUCGUAAAGAAAUACCCAAAAAGAAGAAAGAGAAAGAAGGAAUGCGAAGGCCUGAGGGCAUGCACAGGGAACUCUAUGCUCUUCUCUAUUCUGAUUCAAAUAAGGACUUGCCUCCCCUCUUACCUUCUGACAGUGGUCAGGGUUAUAAAAGCGUGAAAGCCAAGCUUGGUAUGAAGAAAGUGCGACCGUGGAAAUGGAUGCCAUUUACAAAUCCGGCUCGCAAGGAUGGAGCUGUUUUCUACCAUUGGAGGAGAGCUUGUGAUGAGGGGAAGGAGUAUCCAUUUGCAAUGUUCAAUAAAAAAGUGGAGUUGCUGACCUACUCAGACUCGGAAUAUGGGGAGCACCUUCUUUCUGAUAGCUGGACCAGAACGGAAACGGACACUUUGUUUGAAUUGUGCCAAAGAUUUGACCUUAGAUGGCCUGUCAUACAUGACCGGUGGCCCUCACAUUUAACAGCCCGAUCAAUAGAAGACUUGAAAGAAAGAUAUUAUAGUGUCACGAAUAUUUUGAAGAAGAUUGGUAAUUUAACAGGACCAGAAGGGAAAAUUGUUAACUACGAUGCUGACCAUGAGAGGCGACGUAAACAACAAUUAUUGAAACUGUGGGAUAGAACACCAAAACAGAUGGAAGAGGAGCAGCAGCUCAUCAGUGAAUUGAGAAAGAUAGAAGCACGCAAAAAGGAGAGAGAGAAGAAGACUCAGGACUUGCAGAAGCUUAUUAAUGCUGAUGCUGAUGCAAGGAAAACCACCAAGACCACCAAGAAGAAGAUACAACAAACCAAAAUAGCUAAAACAGAUACACUUCCUCCAAGUGUGGAGAGCUGUACAGGUAUAAAAUUCCCUGAUGUAAAGGCUUCAGGUGUAAGCCUAAGGUCUCAGCGCAUGAAGCUUCCUGCAAGUGUUGGACAAAAGAAGGUUAAGGCAAUUGAACAGCUGCUAACUGAAUUGAAUCUAGAAACCAACCCAAUGGCUGUAGAAGAAGUCUGUCAACUCUUCAAUGACCUGCGCUCAGACCUGGUUCUCAUGUAUGAUCUCAGAACAAUCUUACUCAAUUAUGUAUUUGAGCUGCAGACUCUGAAGCACCAGUGUGAAAGCCUGAUGCCAGACAAGAUCUUAGAGAUCCCAGAGUCUCUGAUGAUUAACACAGGUGAGGAAUCCCCAAGCCGUCCACGUGCAAUAUCUGAGAUGAUUGAUGCAGUUGCAACGCCGACAACACCAAAUAGAAAAAGAAAAGCGGCUUUAGAACAGAGUAAUGUACUGAAGAAGAUCAAAGCAAGGACCUGAGAUUAAUGUAUUUUUAAGAUAAAGGCCUGUAUCGUAGUUGUAAGUACAUCAUGAUCUCUUAUACGCAUUAUGUGUAGAGGUUGUAUUCUUGUUUCUAAUUGUGCUUAAUAUUUUUGGCACAGGAAAGAAUAUGCAUAAAAUCAAUGGAAAUUAUUGAUUUUGAACAUUGUCUUUUUCUGUGCUGAUGUCUCUUAUAUGUAUUGAAUUUUAUUUUCUAAUUAUAUGUCAUUGGAGUGGGUAGAUAUGUCAUUCAGAAUAGUAGAAAUGGUAUGUGAAUGAUUUCGUAAUAUUAGAACAAGGAUAAUAAAUCUUACGUUUGGAAAA